AUGAUCAAUCAGAAGGACAUCAUCCCACUCAAACAAAUCACAUUUUUCUUCCUUUAUCUUCCAACAUCGAUCGAUGAUAUCAUCCAUGUUGUUUUUAUCAAGCCUCUGUCCGAUGACAGUCUACUCUUCUCAAGGACCUUGACUAAAUGUUCAUGGAGUAAUGUCUCCAAACCGAUGGAGACCAACACAUGGACAUGGACAUGGACA